AUGUGCUUGCUUACUCUUUAACCUUUCCACCGGAAGUACUUGCAUGAUGCACAUUUGGAGGUGAAAUUCAACCUGCGACAAGAGAUAGGAAGAAUGUCCAAAAACAGGAAAAUUACCUUGAUAUUUGGAGGGUUUGUAACUGCCGUUGCUGCAGCGUUUUACCCCAUUUUCUUCCACCCGUUCACCCACAAAGACGACUACAGAGAAGUCCAGAAGGUGAACCGCGCAGGAAUCAAACAGGAUGAUGUGCAGCCUGCAGGUCUGAAAGUCUGGUCGGAUCCAUUUAAGUCGUCAGAAAAAUGAUUCCUGAUGAUGACAACAUGGACAGAUAAAACAGGUGGAGGAGGAGUGAGUGAAUGAGUGAGUGAAUGAGUUGAAGAAAGCGUUGCGUUUGUUUGUUGUGCGUGAAAAAUAAUAAAAUCCUCAAGACUUCAA